GAAUCGGCGAAGAAAGACAAGGUAAAGGAAGGAGGCAAAGCAGGGAAGAAGUCAAAGAAAGAAAAGAAGAAAGGAGAAAGCAAAGGCAAGAAGGACAAAUCGGACAAGAAGAAGCAAAAGGGAAAGGACAAGAAAGGGAAGAAGAAAAAGAAGAAGACGAAGUCGACUUCUUCAUCGUCAUCCUCUUCGAGUUCUUCUUCCUCCACAGAUUCGGCAGAGCUGCGGAAGAAGCGGAAACGCGAAGCCAAGCAACGGCAAGCCGAGGCCCAGAAGCGGAAAGCAAGGGAGUACCUCGUCAUGCGAGGCCUGAAGACGAAAGAUGGGCAGUUUACCGAGCAAGUGACGAACUUCGAGUGCAGCUUCCGUGAGGGCAGAUGA